AUGGCCUUGGCACCAGCGACCACCUUCCGCCGGAGGAAGAGCAGCUCGUCCCAGACCCUCGCGCAGAUGGACCACAGCCCCGCUCUGUCCCCAGGCUUCAUCAUCCGCCGGCUAGUAAAGCACGGCAAGUACGUGGCCGCUGGAGCAGCGGGUAUCUGGUGGCUCGACCUCGUGACAGCCGUCGAGAACCUCCUCGAGAGCCCGGACUCGUGGGCAAGACGUAUGCUCGUUGCCGCUGGCGGCCUGCACGCCCUCACCCUCACCAUCUUCUUGUACCUCGUCGUCUUCCUCCCCUGGCUGCGAGGGUACAUGCCCAAUUACCCUAAAUGGCAACAAUCGCGGCGGCUGCGUGUCAUCUUCCCCGUCCUCACAACCUCCAUCCUCCUUGGAUGGUCGUUUCUCGUGUUCGCGCUCAACAAGACGACGCACCCUGCGCCGCGGAGCUCGAUCCACGAGCGUAUCCGCGGCGCGCUCGAUGUGCAGCACAGAGACGGGCUCGGCCUGUUCUCGUCCAUGGCUGGAGCCACGGCCAUCUUCUCAUUGACCUUUGGCCUGCUGGGCUUGAUCCCCUCGCCGCGCAUGUCGCCGCGCGUUCGCAAGGUCAACUAG